GAGCUCUAUCUACAGGAUGUUAUCAGUUUCUGAGAGUCGUAUCGAAGAGCCCGGAUUGAAUCAGACAGCCCAGUUCUACUGUGUGAACAUGCCUCAGCACUCGGUGACUGGCAAACUGCAGGGUGUCCUGUUCCCAUGUUCCUGUCCAUCCGGGAUCGCUCUGUCUGUUCAGUGUCAAGACUGUGGCCGUCAGAAGCUGCAGGUGGACCGGAUUGUGGGUGGUCGCUUGGCCGAGCUCGGCCGCUGGCCGUGGCAGGUUGCCCUCCUGUUCGACGGCUCGCCCCUGUGUGGGGGCUCGUUGAUUGCCAGUGACUGGGUAGUUACCGCCGCCCACUGUUUCCCCCAGAAGAACCGUUUUGCCGACCGCUGGGUUGUGCUGAGUGGGUCGGUCAGACGGCUGUCACCAGACAUCCAGACGCCAGUGCAGACAGUCGUCUACCAUGCAGGCUACCAGCCUUUUAUUAACUACAACUCGGAGGACAACAGCAACGAUAUCGCCGUCUUGCGUCUGAGAAGAUCUCUCAACUUCUCAGAUCACAUCCAGCCAGUCUGUCUUCCAGCUCUGGGGCAAGGUCUCGUUGAAGGCACUCUGUGCACUGUCACUGGGUGGGGCAGCACCGAAUAUUAUGGCCAUCAGUCCGACGUGCUCCGGGAAGCAGAGGUCCCCAUCAUCAGCAACGCCCAGUGUAACAGUCCGGAGUUCUACAACAGGCAGAUCACUCCCAAGAUGUUCUGCGCUGGCUACAGUGAGGGUGGUGUCGAUGCUUGUCAGGGUGACAGCGGAGGACCCCUGGUGUGUGAGGAUACCCUCUCAAACAGAUCCCGAUGGCGCCUAAGUGGCAUUGUCAGCUGGGGAACGGGCUGUGCAAUGGCAACUAAACCUGGCGUCUACUGCAGGGUGACGGAUUACCUGUCGUGGGUGUAUCGGGCAAUGAAGGACACCAUGUUGGGAGCGCCGGCUGGCAUCGUGGUUCUCGUGGCUGCCGUACUCGGAGUGCACGCCACAGAUAUGGAAGAAUUUAAAAACGGGAGCCGCUUCACUUACGAUUACUACAAACUGCGCGUGAUUGGGCUGGUGGCAGCCGCCGUGCUCUGCGCCAUCGGCAUCGUCAUUCUGCUGGCUGGCAAGUGCAGAUGCAAGUUCAACCAGAAGAAAAGGAGUCGCUCAAACAGUGGAGUUCCAACAGCGCAGCAUCUCCUUCAUGCAGGAGAAGCAACGGAGUGUUAAAGCCAACCUGUAUCUCCCACAGAGAGGGACAGAAGCACUUUCCCAGUGUGUACACGUUCUGUGUGUGUGUUACCCGUUUAAAAUCAGUUCAGCUCCCAAGUGCCGUGUCUGUCAAAGUAUCUAAUCAGUCUUCCUCGGGGUGGGGGGGGGGCAGAAAUGUGUGACCCUUGUGUUGUACAGGACUGCCCUGGUGUGCUGUGUCCGUGCGCGCGUGUUGAAAUCACUGUUUAGAAAUUCCUAUUUGCACAUAUUCUUAUUUUAAUAAUCGUGAUUAAAGACUGUAAAUCUGUUUCAGCUUAUGUCUCCUGAUGUUGUUAAGGUUGGUGACAUUCCUCUCCGUACAGCACUGUGAAAUGAUAGUUAGUUGGUUGGGGGCACAGGCCACCGACAGCAGCUCGCCAGAGACCUCAGUCCUGGUUCAGUCUUUCAGGUUGUCCCCAGGUAUAACCCAGCUUCUGGGGGUCAGCUUCAAAGCUGCUUCCCCAGAGAGAGAGAGAGUCAGAGGUGUGUGUGUGAGUGAGUAUGUGUGUGUGAGAGAGAGUGUGUGUGAGUAAGGGAAAAUUAGUGUGUGUGAGAGAGAGAGAGAGUGAGUGUGUAUUAGAGAAAGGAGGCUACGGUAUCUGUUUUAUGUUAGAGCAGUCCAGAGCCCAGUCCAGUCUUUGGUACAGUACCAUGGAGAUGGUCAAUUUUGCUAUAAUCUGCUGCAUACAAUGUGAUGUAUAUCUACAGAAUCUACUAGAUGUACCAGCCUUCUGUGUAUAGAGUCCACUUCAACAGUUUGUGACCUCUAGCAAGUAGUCUUGCACCAAUUGAAACCCCAAAAGGAGCUGCAGCGAAUUCUGUUGCUAACUGCAGGCUUUGCCCACCAAUAACAGCAAGCAUAGUCGCCCAGUAAAAAUGGUGAUGGUGUUAACGUGAAAGUUUGUGUGCCUUGUCUAUGUACUGCUACUCAACUCCUGUUAUCACCUGUCUUAUUCACUCUGCCUUCCAAAAUACCCCCAGCUGGUGGCAGAAUGUAAAUGCAGUGUGCCCUCUGUAACAGCGCUGACGGAUUGACAUGGCUGGGAUGGAAUAUGGGACGACAGGUUAUAUAUGGUGGUGAGGAGAGACUUAUAUUUGUAGAAAUUAUGUACUGAUCUCUAUCACAUUUUAAAUUGCUGUACCCAAUGUUUAAUUCCAGUGAUAUUAGUGAAUUAACAAAAUAAUCUUAAAUGUUUUAUGAUUUAUAAUAAGUGACGCACUUGUAUUUAACCAAAUAAAUGGGGAUUGGCUAAUA